UUAAACUUGGCUUUUGAAUCUGUUGAUGAUAUACAAUAUUUUAGUAAGUUACAGACUGUAACGAUUGAAAUAUUAUAUACUUUCCUAAGCUUUAUAGUGUAAGUGGAUGUGAUUCCACCAGUCACCAGUAGUAACCUAUUAAACUUUCCAGGAAAUUGAGUACCACUCACGAAAAUGUAUGUACUUGUAAAAAAUUAUAAAAAAUAGAAUAUAAAAAUUUCUUAUCCAAAAGGCAAAGGAGGAGAGUGAGAGAGAGUGGGAAGGAGACACGAAGCUCUCUGAACAAACACAAAAAAAUGGCGAUAACACCUCUACGAAUCACGACCCCUAUCCCAUCUCUGAGCUUCCUUCCAACCGGAAAGCCACACGCUUCAAAGAUCUUCACCGUCCGCGCCACCGACGUCGAAUCAACGGAAGAGACUCCUCAACCCGACUCAGACACCGAAGACUUCGAGUCACGUCUCUCGAACAUCCGUCUCAGAUACCGAAGCGGAACCGGGAAGAAAGCAGAGGUUAGAAAGUCUAAGAAAGGCUCAGCAGGGCCACCGUCGAAAAGCUCGGGGCUUUACUUGCCGCCGGUGAGUUUAAAGGAGCCGGUUUCGGGCGGGUUGAAGGUGGAGUUGGGGUUUACGCCUUACACCGAGCGGCUCAACGGGAGGAUGGCGGGGUUGGGGCUCGCGGCUUUGCUUCUGGUUGAGCUGGCGACGGGGAAGAGCUUGUUGAGUUACCACACGCCUUCAGUUGUGUGGCUUCAGGUGUAUUUCAUGGCGGCUGUUUCGGCUAUGUUUGUUAAGAUUGAGAAGGAGAAGGUUAGUGUCUGGCCUAAGGAUUAAACGUUGCUUUUGUGAUUGAAAGGUGUAUGCUUUUGUAUUGUAUAUGUAAUGUAUACUCUAUAGAAUUGAACAGUUUAAAGGAUCUUACUUUGGAGUGAGUUUGUUGUUGUUCUUGUUGUUUUGAGUAAAUGCAAAUGCAAGUUUUUUAAAGAAAA